GAGAAACGGAAAAGCCCGGAGCCGGUUCCCAUCCCCGACGGAGGUCUGCACUUGAGUCUCUCGGAGGGAGGGUUGAGGACCGGUCUUCUGCCGGGUGUUGCCGCGUCUCAGGGCAGCAGAUCUGGGACAUCGCUGCGUUGCAGUCUCCAGCUCUGGGUAGGAUCCUGAGGCAGCACAACAGAUGCAUCCUUUGGCAGUUGGUUGUGCCCGGCACUAGAGAGAAGCCCAGGGAUGAUAUGUUUUGGGGUUAUAUUUCUCCACCCGGGAAGUCACCCAGUUCAUUCCAGAAACAUUGACCAUCUGCUUCUGUGACACACCCUCAGUGAAGGUCUGAUGGACAGACACUUUCCGUUGUUCUUGCGGCUAUUUUCUCGCAUGUGGAAAUUGAAGACAAGGUGAGAGGGCCACGUUACCUGCUUCGGUGAAUAGGAAGGUGUGCUGCACUCGGUUCUCAGAACAUGGGCCCUCGUUUAAAGUUGCAGCUGUGAUCCUCGGCUGUCUGUCGGCAUUGAAGGGACCUGAUGUUUUACGUUAUUGGCGGAAUCACAGUGUCUGUGGUUGCAUUCUUCUUCACGAUUAAGUUCCUCUUUGAGCUCGCCGCACGUGUAGUCAGCUUUCUCCAGAAUGAGGACCGUGAGCGCCGAGGGGACCGGACUAUUUAUGACUACGUGCGGGGAAAUUACCUGGAUCCCCGGUCUUGCAAAGUCUCCUGGGAUUGGAAGGACCCCUAUGAGGUGGGCCACAGCAUGGCCUUCCGAGUGCAUUUAUUCUAUAAGAACGGGCAGCCUUUCCCCGCACAUCGGCCUGUGGGACUAAGAGUUCACAUCUCUCAUGUUGAGCUAGCAGUGGAAAUUCCGGUGACCCAGGAAGUGCUCCAGGAGCCCAGUUCCAACGUGGUCAAGGUGGCUUUCACUGUGCGCAGGGCCGGGCGUUACGAGAUCUCAGUGAAGCUUGGGGGAUUAAAUGUAGCCUACAGUCCCUACUACAAAAUUUUUCAGCCGGGAAUGGUGGUACCUUCCAAGACCAAAAUUGUGUGCCAUUUUUCUACUCUCGUGUUGACCUGUGGGCAGCCACACACCCUUCAAAUAGUGCCCCGAGAUGAAUACGACAAUCCUACAAACAAUUCCACGUCCUUGAGAGAUGAGCACAAUUACAGUUUGUCCAUUCAUGAGCUCGGUCCCCAAGAAGAAGAGAGCACAGGUGUCUCAUUUGAGAAGUCAGUGACAUCCAACAGGCAGACCUGCCAGGUGUUCUUGCGACUCACCCUGCAUUCUCGCGGCUGCUUCCAUGCUUGCAUUUCAUACCAAAAUCAGCCAAUCAAUAAUGGCGAAUUUGACAUUAUUGUCCUAAGUGAGAAUGAGAAGAAUAUUGUCGAACGCAAUGUGUCCACCUCAGGAGUGAGCAUUUACUUUGAGGCUUAUCUUUAUAAUGCUACCAACUGUACCAGCACGCCGUGGCACCUUCCACCAAUGCACAUGAGCUCUUCCCAGCGCCGGCCUUCCACGGCUGUUGAGGAGGAAGAAGAAGAUUCACCCUCUGAGUGUCAAACCCCUGAGAAGGUGAAGAAACCGAAGAAGGUGUACUGCUAUGUGUCACCAAAGCAAUUCUCAGUGAAGGAGUUCUACCUGAAAAUCAUUCCCUGGCGCCUUUACACCUUCCGCGUGUGCCCAGGAACCAAAUUUUCAUACCUGGGCCCUGACCCUGUUCAUAAGCUCCUCACACUGGUGGUGGAUGAUGGCAUUCAGCCUCCUGUGGAGCUCAGCUGUAAGGAGAGGAACAUCUUAGCAGCCACUUUCAUCCGCUCCCUCCAUAAGAAUAUAGGAGGCUCUGAGACCUUUCAGGACAAGGUGAACUUUUUCCAGCGAGAGCUUCGGCAGGUACAUAUGAAAAGACCACAUUCCAAAGUCACCCUGAAGGUCAGCAGACAUGCUUUGUUGGAAUCGUCUCUGAAAGCCACUCGGAAUUUUUCCAUCUCAGAUUGGAGCAAGAACUUUGAAGUGGUUUUCCAAGAUGAAGAAGCUCUGGACUGGGGAGGGCCUCGCCGGGAAUGGUUUGAGCUAAUCUGCAAAGCACUAUUUGAUACCACCAAUCAGCUCUUCACCCGAUUCAGUGACAACAACCAAGCAUUAGUACAUCCCAACCCUAAUCGCCCCCCUCAUCUGCGUUUGAAGAUCUAUGAGUUUGCAGGGCGGCUGGUGGGCAAGUGUCUCUAUGAGUCCUCACUAGGAGGAGCCUACAAGCAGUUGGUCCGCGCUCGCUUCACCCGUUCUUUCUUGGCCCAAAUCAUAGGACUACGCAUGCAUUACAAGUACUUUGAAACCGAUGACCCAGAAUUCUACAAAUCUAAAGUUUGUUUCAUCCUCAACAAUGACAUGAGUGAAAUGGAGCUGGUCUUUGCUGAAGAGAAAUAUAACAAAUCAGGUCAACUGGAUAAGGUUGUAGAACUCAUGACAGGUGGAGCUCAAACCCCAGUCACCAAUGCGAAUAAAAUCUUCUAUUUAAAUUUGCUGGCUCAAUAUCGGCUGGCCAGUCAAGUGAAAGAGGAGGUGGAACAUUUCCUCAAAGGCCUGAAUGAGUUGGUCCCUGAGAACCUUCUGGCUAUUUUUGAUGAAAAUGAGCUUGAGCUGCUGAUGUGUGGGACGGGGGACAUCAGUGUAUCUGACUUCAAAGCCCAUGCAGUGGUCGUUGGUGGCUCAUGGCAUUUCAGAGAAAAGGUCAUGCGGUGGUUUUGGACCGUGGUUUCCAGUCUGACGCAGGAGGAGCUCGCCCGCCUCCUUCAGUUCACGACAGGCUCCUCCCAACUGCCUCCUGGAGGUUUUGCCGCCCUUUGUCCCUCGUUCCAGAUUAUUGCCGCUCCGACCCAUAGCACGCUGCCAACCGCACACACGUGUUUUAACCAGCUGUGCCUCCCGACGUAUGACUCAUAUGAAGAGGUGCACAGGAUGCUGCAGGUGGCCAUCAGUGAGGGCUGCGAAGGCUUCGGCAUGCUCUGACCGCCCCUGCCGGCCUCUUGGCUCCCGUGCUUUUGGAGGAUCUGGGUGCACGCAACAGACGUCGUAACCACUUCAUAGCCACUGACCCUAACGUACACAUCACCACAACCAGAAGCUGUGCAUGCGCCCCAGUGUCUGGAGUGUUCGGUCACCUACAAGCCUCGUCCUUCCCUCGCCCCGCCCCGCGCAUCUUCCCCACAGGCCACUUUGGUGUGGUAUGUAGUCUGAGCUACUCGUUCAGGCAUGAGAAGAGGACUGCUGCAGUCAUUUCACGUGGUUCUUAGAUCUCGGUAGCGGGCGCUGCCUCAGCGGCUGAAGGAGAUGACACAAAGGGCUCAGCUCUCUUGGGUAGCUGGUGUCCUCGCCUUGCUCAACCUCCUCUGCUAAGCUCCUCCAGGGUCCCCCCUGUGGCCCUCAGUACUUGACCUGAGGUAUGCGCGUCCUUCUUGUGGACAGGGUCAUUGCCUCUUCUCAGGAGCCAGGACAAGCACCGAUUGGAAGUGGCCCACAUUCACAGUCUUUGGUUUUGUCCCUCUGCACAAUGGCAGGCACAGGCCGUGGCACGGGACUACCUCUAAUGGGGACUGAGAGCACAAAAGGAUCUUUUUUUGUGGUGUUAGAACUGGAAAAGGAGCUUUCCCCGAAGGCAUUUCUGGAAACGCUCAUUAAUCCCUAAAGAAGCACUCUAAGCUUUUUCUUGAGUUUGAGCCAGUGAGAAAAACAGACGGACCUAAGAAUGUGAAAGAUAGCUGGGCCGUGGCCUGCAGUGCUGCAUCAGGUUCUCCUGUAAGGUUUGGGGCACGUCCAGGCACAUGGCUGGCUGGAAGACUACUGACGCUUGUCCCCGAGUUUGUUCUUAGCACUGAGGUGUGCCUGGGUGGGCCUGGCCACCUACCUCCAAGUUCUGCAGUCUGCUAAGAGCUAGGGAUUCUUUAGCUUUCUACUGAAAACAGUUUUGUAGCAAAGGACUGGGACAGUCAGAACAGCAUGCCACUGACCCCUGCUUCUCUCUCUGCUUGCUGUUCUCUGGCAGCACUCAGGCAGCCAAGGGAAAGGGGACCAGUCAUUGAAGUGCUUCUCACAGGUCCUUGGAGUCAGGACCUGGGAACAUAGAUAGAGAAGGUACAUCAGAUAGUAAACACCUCGCCGUCCUAGUUACUUCUCUUCACUCCAUCGGUUACCAGCAAGGGGGUCUAAGGAGGGAGGAAGAUACGUCAGGUUCACUGUUACGUGAUGAUUGACGAGCGCCUGCUGCUGUCUCUGGAAGAUGGCAACAUCCUUUUUCAUUACGAUUUGAAUGAAAACAUUUUCAAGACUCAAAUUCUCAUCAACUUCCCCCAAAUUUCUGUUUUUCAAAAGCCUUUGCUGCAAGCUACCGUUCCCAAUGGGGCAUUCAACUCUGCGAAUAUUACAAGCCAUCUUUAUUGCCAAAACCAGCAAGUACACGGAGUCCAGCGAGGAGGCAGGACUUGUGGCGCUGCCGGGGCCUCCUGGAAGCAUGUCUGAGCCCUCCUGUUCCCGGACCGUGAGGAAGCAGCCCUCCUGAGCUGCUGCUGUUCCUGCGUGACCUCACUCCUCCAGUUGUCAUUUGUCCUCGGCGCGGGUGCUGACCUCCCUCAUUCGUGGGGUCCAGGAGCCAGCAUCAGGGCCUCUCACCACAGGGUCCUCCAUACCACAUGGUCACUGCUCUCCUCAGGGACCAGGACAAGGUGCUGCUGCUUGCCCCAGUGGUUUCCCAUGGGCUGUGUCCAGGCAGGUGUCAUCAUCACCCCGGGAAGCGCGAUGCUGCCCCUCGGGCCCAGAGAGGAGUUUCCAACUCGGGCAUGUGGGCUGGUUCUGCUGUCUUUGGCAGGGAUUCCUCUUCUGGACUCUACAUCCUUCCCUCCAGCAGCCCUCCAGAGACUGAUGCUGGAGCUCGAUAUGAUUUUCUUGGCUAGAUCUGUCAUUUUAAGCUCUAGUCAUAGCACUUUUCAAAGCAUCCUGGGCACCACUGCAGCCCAUCUGGGGAAGCUGUGUCCCCGUGGUGGUCCUUCGCCCCAGGGUCUUUGUUGAACAAAACCCUUUGGUACUGUUGUGGUUUUCUAUUCUUCCAGUUUACUCUCUCCCCCCUAACUCUACUCAAAAAUGUCUUUGCUUUUUUAGGUCUUUCUUUUACUUUUUCUUUCUUCCUAAUCCUGCUUCGGUACUGCAUAGCCAGUGUGGGAAAAAGAUACGAUAUGUUGGAGAGAAGGAAGAGUGUCUGUUACUUCCUGGGCAAUUUUCUACUCAUAUUUCUUAUUUUGGCCAGUUCUUUUAAUUACCCCCUUGUAGCCCAGGUACUUGGGGGAAUCAGCUAGCCACCUGGCCUUUCCAUGUCUUCGAAGGAGACCAGACAUGAAGUGAACAACAAGGAGAGCAUCGGUGUCUCUAGAACUUCAGCAGAGACCACGCCCUGCUGCAAAUUUGUCAGGCCAGGCAAAAGGGCCAUACAAUUGCAGUCAUAGUGUAAAUAUUUUGUACAGUAAAUAAAUAAAUGUUUAAAAGGA